AGUUGUGAAGUUUAUUUCUUCAACUGAAGGUGCAUAAUCAGGUGUAACAGAUUUGUGGAAGUCUUGGAUCAUAACAGCAGUCAGUGAUUGGAAAAAAUUUUCUUAUGAAUAAAUUGCUAGAAUAUUGAAUAUUUUUGGUAAUUUUACAUUAUUUUUUUUAUAGAAUUAGAUAAAAAUUGCAAUUUUGAUCAUAUUUAUAUUAUUCGUACGAGAAUCAAGUUCCUUUUACAGUAUCUAUGGUAAGACACGAUAAUUCUAUGUGGAAAGCUUGGCGACACUGAUUGAAAGUGUUUUGUUUUAUUUAGAAUGUCCGUUUGAGUUUUGAAUAUGUUGUUUUCAACUAUUGUUUUGAAUGUGGAUAGUGGCUAUUGAGAAGUCUGUUCAAUACUGAUGCUAGUGAAAGUUUUUAUUUUAUCAUGAGUGAACGCAUCCUCUACCCUGGGGCAGCUAACAUUGAAACUAUUGUAAAGAAUGUAAAAAUUGGUUUCGAAACAUUAGAAAAUGCAUGGCAACAUCGAGGAUAUGAUGAAGAAAAACGCAGAAUUGAAAGGCGUAAAGUUGAGAUUCGAAUAGUGGCACUCAUACAAGAAGUUAUUGAAGAGAAUACUUUCGACAGCAAAGCUACUAUAAAAAAGGAGAAUUUUAGUGAGGAGAACUUGCUUGAAAAUAUGGACAACAAGAUGUUCUUGGAAAAUUGUUGUGUGAAAAAGGAAAUAACUAAACAGGAGGAUUCCUUAUGUGAACCUCUCGAGGAAAGUUUCUUGGAUAUACAGUUGCUAGAAGAAAAAUUGAAGCAGCUCAAAGCAUUUGCUAAGGAAAAAGAGAAAGGAAAGGAAGUCAUUUUACAAGCAUACAGCUUGGUAAAAGAGGCAGUCGAUAACAUCGAGAAGGAAAUUGACUGGGCCAAGUCCUUGUCUUUUGAGCACAAACUCAUUGGCAACAGCAUAUCGGUAUUCACAAAGGAAAGCAAAGAAAAGUUAGAGAGUUUUCACAAAAAGUUGGAGGAUCAGCUGAAAAAUAGGAAAAUAAUGCCACAAAACAUCAUUACCAAACUGUCGCCGGUGUGGCAGUCUCUCGAAAAUGAUAUUUGUGACAGGAAAGAGUUCUUUGCAAACUUGAAUAGUUGUGCUGGAUUGGCCAUCACUGCUCUGACAGAAGAGCUGUCCUGCUUGGAAGAAGUAAGGAAAAGCAAGUUUGAGCAGUUUGUGCAGUUGUUGCGCAAGGAACUGGAUUGCUGGUGGUGGAAGUGUUUUUAUUCCGAAGAGCAGAAGAAAGAGUUCCUGCCGUAUUAUUCCUCUGAUUACUCUGAAGAGCUUCUGCGACUCCAUGAGCAGCAACUUGAGAAAGUGAAAAAAUUCUACAAUGACAACAUCAGCAUAUUCAAGCUGGUGCACCAGCGGCAGAAGCUGUGGGACAUGAUGAUCGAUAUUGAAAACAAGGCGUACGACCCCUCUCGCUUGUUCGACAACAGGGGCGGCCAGCUGCUGCAAGAAGAGAAGGAAAAGAGGAUGGUGCAGAAAGAUUUGCCAAAAAUUGAAGAAGAGUUGUUGAAACAGUCAAAAACCUACAAGCAACAAAAUGGACAUGAUUUCCUCAUUCAUGGAUGUGCAUUGGCAGAUGUCUUAAAGCAACAGAAGGUUGAUUAUCAGAAGAGUAAAGAACAAAAACGUCAAGAAAGGAAAUUAGCUCGAGAGCAGGAAGCGACUGCUGGCGUGAGCAGCGUUACGAAGAGCAACUGCAGGAAACGGAAGCUCUGUGACACUCCCAGUGCCGACAUCACCAACAGCAAGAAACCUCUGCUGCGGUCUGCAACGAGAGCCUCCAGCAAUGGGAAAAUCCUGCUACCUAUCCAGAAUACACUUAAAAACCACAAGGUUGCCAAGAAGGUGCUCGCUAUGAGUGGGCCUACUUCUCAAGGCAUUGUAAACUAGCAGCACCGUUGCUACAUUCUACUAAUAGUGGCGGAUAACUUGAUUCUUCCCCAGAAAGUGCCAUUUAAUACCAUAGACUAAGGUUUAUGUAUGCCAGCAGGGCCAGUUGGGAUGGUUCAUGCAGAGUUGACUGGAUGUAUGUUUUAUCUGUAUUGAAGUCUUCGAGAGUCAAUAUUUUUAGUUUGUGAAAAUAUUAUACACAAAUUUAUAUUAA